AUGUCAAAAAAGCAAGAGAAACUGACGCAAGAGGAGAUAUGGGAUGAUUCUGCCCUGAUUGACUCUUGGAAUGAAGCCUUACAAGAGUACAAGGUAAAGAUGGUAAUCACUCGGCUAACUCGUGAGCGAAGGGCCGAGGCGGAGGCUGAGUCUGGAUCUGAGCAACCCCAAGUUACAGAAACAGAAGAGAUUGAGUUGGAAUCGGGAACAGCAGAACAAAACAAGGAGAUCCCAUCAUCGCGCAAUGAGUCUAAGGAGCCAAUCGCGUCUCAAGGGACUCCCUCAUUUCCUAUACAAACCGUCCUAGGUUCCGUCCAGGACGAAAGCCUCAAGAAACUCCUUAUGUCAUGGUACUAUGCUGGGUACUACACAGGGUUGUACGAAGGGCAACAGCAAGCUCAGCAGAAGUAG